AUGAAUAUUGAAAUAUUGACAAUACUAUCAUCAAACCAGAAAUUUCCAAGUAAAGAGGAAUGUAUUUCAAUAUGGAAUGAUGCAGAUAUAAACACUUAUGAAAAUAUGUACUGUCAACAAACAGAUUCACUGAAGAUUAAAGAUCCUGAAUUAUAUAACAUAUGGUGUUUUAUGAGGAUCAAUUUCCUUAAUAGCCUUUCCAUUAUCAUUAAAUCUCUGCAAAAUUAUGAAAUAUGCGUUUAUUUCCAUGAAUGGCUAGAAGAAAAAAAAAAAGGAUAUAAUCCUAAUAAUAUACACUGUGAAAAAAAAAAAUUAUGGGAAGAUCAUAUUAUCGCUACAUUGGAACAGUUGCUAACAAGGGAGAGCAUAACAAAUGAUAAGUGUAAAUGCAAACCUACUAAAAUUGAGUGCCCUGAUUCAUCACCAUUAAAUUCUGUUUCAACAUCAUUAGGGAAAAUUGCUUCUCCUGUUUCAUCACCAAAAAGUGCUAUUUUUUCCAUAUGUUUUACAGUUAUAAUAAUAAUUACUCUUAGCUACUUUUUUUAUACUAAGAUCAAAAGAUUUUUUAGUGAUAAAUAUAAUAAGAGUAGAUUUUUAAGGAAAUGUUUGAAGCGUGUACUCCCCUUAGAAAACAAAGAAGAUUUGGAAAUAUAUUCAGAAAACGAAUGUAUUAAUAUACUAUAUUUGUAA